GCUCAACCUCGACUGCACCAACCACCCGCGACCGGCCCAGUCGUCACGCCCACACCCUUGUUCGCAACAGACCGACAGGCACCGCGACACUGCCAGCCACUGGGCACUCGUGGGAGGGUGCUGCGCCGUUCAAGUACGAGCACAGAAAGCCAUCCAUCGGGGACCGUCAGACGCUGCUGCAGCCCCGUUGACCGAGUCUGCGUCCUACACACAGCACGCACCCGUCAACCCUACCACGCAGAUGGUAAUGGUCCUCGACUAGAGGCUGUCCGGCUCGUUGCCGCCCCUCGUCCCGUUAUCCCGUCGUCUCCCUCCGAACCUCCGCUCCCCAGGCCGCAGGCGCUCGUCGACCGUGAGCAUCGUGGACCGGCUAUACUCGCGGCCGCCGCUGCCGCCGCCGGCCGUUGCCAACGGGUGCAUUCAUCCAGCCGCGACGCAAUCCACGAGGGCCUUCGCCGACGCGUGCCAUGACAAUCGUCCGCCAAGAUGCCUUUUCUUCGCCGUCGAGCCAAUAUGGCCAGCGAGACCGAUAUGCGACGUCACACUGCCGUCGCCGGGCCUAGCGCUUCCGACGACACUGAUGCCGAUGCCGCCCGCCAUGAUGCCGUCGCUCCCGUCGCCGUGCCCGCACUAGACGCUCCGAAGAGCAAUCCCGCGCAACCUUCGAAGCAAAAGAAACACACAACUCAACCAGCCAUCGAGGAUGCCGGCAACUCCCUGUCCCGCAACGCGAGCCACGAGUCCGACUUUACCGCCAAUCGUCCUGAUACUCCCCCGAGUCCACAGCCCGAGCUUAGCAGGCACAAGCGCUUCUCUGUCUUGCGCUUCCGCAACGCCUCCGACUCCCAGUUGUCUCUCAGGGCAAAGCAGCAGGCCGAGAAUCCUCCACCUCUGCCCCGACCUCCGGCCAUCAUCACGACUGCACCGACCAAUGACAUCACAGGCCCGAAGAAAAUGUCCUCUCGCAUGAAUUUGGCGGCCAAGUUUCGACGCUCUAAUGACGUUCCGCGUGAUGGCCACAGGCCGCCAGGUGCUUCGCUCAGGAAAUCCUUCACGGACGACAGGGGCAGAUCAUCGCUGGCUACAUUGGACGAACCGGCAUCUCCCCGACCAUCAGUACAGUCAAUAUCUGCUUCGAAUGGCACAUCCCUCACUACAAUUAACAAUCGCCAAUCGGAGUCGUCGAGGUCUGACGCAAGCUCAAACGAUCGCAUAUCUCACCCGAGCCCGGCUACCACUCCCAAGAAGUCGCAGCCCUCCAUCCCCUUCUUUAAGCUUCGCAGGACGAAGAAGGCCCCUGAGCCGCUUUUCCCCUUCGCACAUUUGCAACAGAGUUCCUCUCGUUUGGCUGCAGAAUCCUCGACUUCCCUCCGGGUCGGCUCGACUCCUCGCCCGGCCUCGGCACAGAGCGCCACCACGCCUCGCGCUCAUACCGAGAGGUGCGCAGACGGCCCCGGAACUCAGGCGUCGCCUGCCGCGGGCCUUUUCCCUCGUGGAAAUGACCUUCACUCGGAUCAUUCCUCUCCGACAAGAAUUACCAUGCUACGAGGCAGGUCGUCUACCAUGAGCUCCGUAGGGCGAAACUCGACCGACGAACACCUUCUUCCCCCUACCACACGGACGUCUACGUCAACAGGCCGGAAGAGUUUCGGAGAUCUGCUUGGCUUGAGCCGCAUACGACAAAACUCCGAACUGAGUCGACAGGGGUCCCUGACUCCCGUGACGCCAGGCUCCAUCACAUCAAAGAGCAACUCUCUUCAGCUGUCCAGGAGCUCUGUUGCGUUGCCUGAACGACUUGAGGAUGAGUCGCCAACCAAAUACCUUGCACGCCUUGAGGACACUGUCAGUCGAAGGGUCAUCGCCUCAGCCUUGUCAAAGGGCACGGACCCGUUCUCCGCCGCCGUCCUAAGAAGCUACAUGCGCAGCUUCGGCUUCUUUGGCGAUCCAAUGGAUAUGGCGAUCCGCAAGUUAUUAAUGGAAGCCGAGCUCCCCAAAGAAACACAGCAGAUAGAUCGCUGCUUACAGGCAUUUGCAAACCGUUAUCAUGAAUGCAACCCUGGCAUCUACAGCUCGCCUGAUCAAGCAUACUUCAUCGCGUUCUCGCUUCUCAUUCUUCACACAGAUGUCUUCAACAAGAACAACAAGCACAAGAUGCAGAAGUCGGACUACUUGAAAAACACGCGCGGUGAAGGCAUCUUCGAUGAUGUUCUGGAAUGCUUCUACGACAACAUAUCAUACACGCCCUUUAUCCACAUGGAGGAUGAUCUCGAUCUCAGCCCAGAGCGUGUCAACUCGGGCAAGACCAAAAAGAAGCAGCUCCUCCCGGGGAACCCCGGGGACGCUGCUAAGCGCGCGGCCAAGGAGCCCAUAGACCCCUAUACACUGAUACUGGACGGUAAUCUCGAUGCGCUGCGGCCGAAUCUCAAGGACGCGAUGCACUUGGACGAUCACUACAAUUACCUUGGAACGGCAACCUGUCUCAACCUCAAAGAUUUGCAGAACACUUUUUUCAAGACAGGAGUACUGCAGAUCGUAUCGGCGCGUUCUCGACCCGAUGCGUUCAUGUCGGAAAAGACAGCCACAAACCCGGAAGACGCUCAUCCCGGCAUCGUGGACAUCAAGAUAACCAAGGUUGGCUUGCUAUGGCGCAAAGACUCAAAGAAGAGAAAGACACGAUCGCCAUGGCAAGAAUGGGGUGCCAUUCUCACGGGUGCCCAGCUGUACUUCUUCCGCAAUACAAGCUGGGUGAAGAACCUCAUGCAUCAGUACGAACAUCACGUCAAGGUUGGUAACGAUGGCAUUCCCAUCAUCUUCAAACCACCGCUGGAGGAGUUUAAGCCAGAUGCGUUGAUAUCUACUCACGGCGCUGUUGCGUUGAUGGAUUCCACCUACAAGAAGCACAAGAACGCAUUUGUCUACGUCAGACAGGGCGGGCUUGAUGAGGUCCUCCUCGCAGACAGUGAGGAAGAGCGGAACGACUGGCUGGCCAAACUCAACUACGCCGCUGCAUUUAGGACGUCUGGAAUCCGGAUGCGCGGCGUCGUCGGAGGCAAUUACGAUGGCCAGGGCCGGAGGGGUAUCAGGCGUCUCGACAGCUCUGACGCCACCCAGCUUGUGCAGACGCCCACUGGACUUGUGUCCAUUGCGCGAGGUAAGAUUGACCACAAGAUGGCAGAGGACAUUCAGACGGCUCGAAGGGACGGAAUGCAACAGAAGAUUGCGGAAGCAGAGCAAAAGGUGGAGGAAGCCCAAAAGCAACUGGAAGAGCAACUUCGAAACGCCCGUCAUUUGCAGAUCCUAGCUCCGAUCCAACCCAGAACCAGGGAGCAGCUACUGUCUGCUGCCGCGCGCCAGUCGGCCCAGCUGAAGUGGACGAGAAUGGAGAUUUGGAGAGAAAAAUGCCAUCGAGACAUUCUGAUUCAAGACCUCGCAGACGACAGGCCAGCAACCGCAUCGACAGUGGCGACCUCGCCAUCCAAAGUCCGCAUGGAGUCUGAGACGGCUUCGGUUGCGGCACCACUAUCGAUGCCUACACGGCUCGAGUCAAAGGCAAAGCGGCAAAACUCCACCGAUAGAACUCGCCCUCCCACAGACUCAAGUCUCGCCCGCUCCCUCAGCACCGCUGCAGCGGAGGAGGACACCAGUCUGUCCUCCAAAGAUUCGUCGCCGGCAACACCGCAAGCCAGCACGAAACCUCGUCCGCCAUCGCGUGAUGUUGGUCAUGCUGUGCCCGACAUGCGGAGUCCGCGCCAUGGAUCCGUUUCAAGCAUCACCACCUCGCCCAUCCAAUCUCCAGUCUCCGUGUCUCAAUCAUUGCGUCCUCUGUCUCGUGAUGGACGGAAUCCCACAGCAUCCAAUAGUGCCGACACGAACCACGAUGAUGUCGAUGCUUCUGAGCGCGACUUCUUGAAGCAAGCUGGACUGUGGGAGGCCAGGUCUACGAGGGGGUCUGUGGACAAAGGGACUGUUUCCACUUCGGCAGACAGCACAGAACACGUCGCUCCUGCUGAGCGCGACCGGCUCGAGAGGAGCAAGAUCAGGCGCAGCCUCCAGCGCACACUUAGAGAUGGCGCAGGCCACCUUUCACAUCAUCGCAGUCGCCGAGGGAGGGAACACGCGCAUGGUACCUCAUCAGAGGAUGCUCCUCAAGAGACCAUGCUGUCCCGUGGGACUGGGAGUUUCGUCGUGCACGGCAAGAAGGCAUCUGUCAUCAAUAUUGGGACCGAGAUCCAGAACAUGACACACGACGAAAAGAUCCUCGCUCGAAAGCAGCAGCAGCCACCCCAGCAGCAAGAACAAGUAGUCUCACCGGCUUCAUUUGACGAAGAACCCGAAGAUGCUUAUCACUCUGCGCCAGAGACACCAUCCGAAUCGAACGAAUCGAAUGGUCGACGAGAAUCCGCCGCCAGCGUCAGCACUACCACAGCGCGGAGCUUCAGGGAGCUUCACCGCAAGUACUCCUCUGCACAGGCAGCCAGGAGCGUUUCAGCUGGUGGAAGGCUAGUGGUGCCAUCUGAUGGUGAAAGCGAGGCUGCCGUGAGCUUCUCAGACGGACGCCGAUCGCCUCUUCCUCUAAUCGAGACGGCAUCGGAGUCGGAAGGUGAUGGAGACGAGGCGGGCGCAAAAACGAACGAAGAGCUCGGUUCGCGACUCAAAACGGCUCGUGAUCCAACAAAAGACGAGCAUGAUAGUGGCGAUGAGAUCGACCCACCGGCCGGCCGGGGUCGUCGUUCAAGCUUACCGGCAGAGAUGAUGACAGCGUGAAGGGGCAAGUGUAGUGGUAUGGGGUGAAGACGGACAAUCUGGAAUCAUGUCACAAAAUGGAUGUAGACUCGGUCGUUGCAAAGGGAGAAGCAUGCUGCAAACCAAGGCAUGGCGAGGCGUUUGACGGUGGCGAAUCCGUUCCAGGUCGCGCCCAAGGGCCAACAUCUUCCGUCAAGUUCGGAGGCAAAGUGUUACGAGUUACGGCAACGUUCUGUGGUAGACUGCUGGCUCGCAAUGGUGGCCGGACAGAGCUGCUGCUGCAGCAUCCAUUAUUUAUAGCCCUGUUUUGUAGCGUAAAAGUUGCCCUGAUUGGGUGUCGAUUUGGGCGAUUUGCACCAG